AUGCCGCGCCAUCAGAAAUCAUUCGAUGAACAGUACCUUAAAAAUACCUACACAAUCAAAGAAGACCAUGGAUAUUCCCAUCAAGACUAUAACAGAGCAAAACAGGCCGAGAUACAAGUGCAGAGACAUAGUCGACCAGCAAGCUAUGCUGGCGAUGCAGAGUGGCGGCGAGCAAGAGAACCUCCACGACCACCUGCACACUGCUAUGUCAACCGUGUGCCUGAUGAACGCGAGCACAAUGCCCAAUAUGCCUCUAGCAGCAUGUUAGAUGAAAUAGAUAACGCUGUAAACAUUGAUGCGUUGAAGACGCGAUCUCUGCCUGCGUUCCUGCGCCCGAAACCAAGACCCCUUUCGACUGAAGAUGAUUUGCAACAGCUGUAUGCAAAGGUGAGUUUGAGCAAGAAGCACAAGAACCGUAUGCGGAGUGAGCACGCAGCUAUCAUCGCACUCAGCAAGUCACAGAGCCAGUUCUUUGAUGCAGAUGCGGUCAUUGUCUAUGACCAAAGGACAGCAUUG